CAGCAGUGGCCUAUGGAGCCAGGUGCCCGGGGCAACAAGACUGUGGUCACUGAAUUCAUCCUUCUUGGCCUAACAGAGAACAUAGAACUGCAACCCAUCCUUUUUGCCAUCUUCCUCUUUGCCUAUGUGAUCACAGUUGGGGGCAACUUGAGUAUCCUGGCCGCCAUCUUUGUGGAGCCCAAACUCCACACCCCCAUGUACUACUUCCUGGGGAACCUUUCUCUGCUGGACAUUGGGUGCAUCACUGUCACCGUUCCUCGCAUGCUGGCCUGUCUCCUGACCCGCCAAUGCCGAGUUCCCUAUGCAGCCUGUGUCUCACAGGUCUUCUUUUUCCACCUCCUGGCUGGUGUGGACUGUCACCUCCUGACAGCCAUGGCAUAUGACCGCUACCUGGCCAUUUGCCAGCCCCUCACCUACAGUGUCCGCAUGAGCUGUGACGUCCAGGGAGCCCUGAUGGCCGUCUGCUGUUCCAUCUCCUUCAUCAAUGCUCUGACCCACACGGUGGCUGUGUCCGAGCUGGACUUCUGCGGCCCUAACGUGGUCAACCACUUCUAUUGUGACCUCCCGCCCCUUUUCCAGCUCUCCUGCUCCAGCAUCCACCUCAAUGGGCAGCUUCUUUUUGUGGGGGCCACCUUCAUGGGGGUGGUUCCCAUGAUCUUCAUCUCGGUGUCCUACACCCACGUGGCAGCCGCAGUCCUACGGAUCCGCUCGGCGGAGGGCAGGAAGAAAGCCUUCUUCACAUGUGGCUCCCACCUCACCGUGGUCUGCAUCUUUUAUGGAACCGGCUUCUUCAGCUACAUGCGCCUGGGCUCCGUGUCUGCCUCAGACAAGGACAGGGGCAUUGGCAUCCUCAUCACUAUCGUCAGCCCCAUGCUGAACCCACUCAUCUACAGCCUCUGGAACCCCGAUGUGCAGGGUGCACUGAAGAGGUUGCUGACGGGGAAGCGGCCCCCCGAGUGA